AUUCCCUCACCUUAGAAGAGCCCUGUGAGCGGCUCCGCAAUGGGUAGCUCCACGGAAGACAACAACCACAACAUCCCCGGAACCUAGGGUUCAGAGCGGUAACUCCUUAGACCUGUGGAUGCGCCCCUCCAUCAUGACUGUAGACCACGGCUCUGUACGUAUUGUUGAAGUCGGUCCACGGGAUGGUCUGCAGAACAUCAAGACGAGGGUUCCAACACCAAUCAAGCAUGAGCUCAUCCAGAGGCUACUCGCGUGCAAAUUCAAGGCAGCCGAGCUUACCUCAUUUGUGUCGCCAAAGGCGAUUCCCCAACUCGCAGACUGUAGGGAGCUACUGACUCACUCACAGAUUAGCGGGCUCCUCCAGGAUAGCAGCUUGAGUUUACCAGUUCUGGUCCCGAACUUGAAAGGCUUUGACGCUGCGCAAGAACUUGGAGUGAAAGAGGUCGCCGUGUUUGUCAGCGCGGCUGAGGGUUUCUCCAAAGCCAACAUCAAAUGCACCGUCGCACAAGGCAUACAAAGAGCUGUUGACGUCGCACGUGCAGCAAAAUGCGCUGGCAUUUCCGUAAGAGGAUACGUAUCAUGUAUCUUCGCAUGUCCCUAUGACGGACCGACACCUCCUGCAGCGGUAUUGCGCUGUGUGACCUCUCUCAUAGAAGCCGGUUGUCAUGAGGUCUCGUUGGGGGAUACUACAGGUGUUGGAACUCCCGGACAAACACGACGUCUACUAUCAUUACUUCUCGACCAUAAUAUCCGUGUCACCAGUCUCGCUGGGCAUUUCCAUGACACCUAUGGCCAAGCCCUUGCCAAUGCAUGGGAGGCGUACAGCUGCGGUCUGCGUAUCUUUGAUAGCAGCGUAGCUGGCCUUGGCGGAUGCCCCUUUGCGCCCGGGGCCCGCGGAAAUCUGGCAUCGGAGGACUUGGUUUAUAUGUUUGAACAGAGUAGCAUACGGACUGGGAUAGAUAUAGCUCAGCUGGUAGAGACUAGUCACUGGAUAUGCGGGACACUGGGCAUCAGUAACGGAAGCCGUGCCGGCACUGCCUACCUGGCCAAGCUCAAGCUAUCAUCCACAGAAGUUCCAAAGGCAUUCAGUGGCAGCAGCCCUUCGAAACUAUGGUCGGAGGUCAGGGACCUUGAUGGUCUCAAGGUCCUAAGAUCUGGGGCAGCUGUCAAGAUUAUCCUGAAUCGCCCACAGAACGGAAAUGCUUUGACUCAGGCCAUGAUUCAAGGCCUUACGUCGCUAUACAAGGCAUUCGGUCAAGACCCUACAGUCUCACGCAUUGUGCUAAGCGCGAAGGGCAAGUUCUUCUGCACUGGCAUGGAUCUCUCUAAAGACAGGUCAUUAGUGGCCAAGGGCGAUUCAGCAACCAAUGUGCAGUUCGAUUUACUUACCGGCCUGUUUCAAGUCAUCAAUAACUCGCCCAAAGUCACCGUUUCCAGUAUCAACGGUCCUUGUUUCGGAGGCGGUGUUGGCCUUGCCUUGUCCUGUGACAUCCGCAUCUCAACGGCAGACGCAAGCAUGACCCUCAGCGAGGCGAAAUUAGGGCUCGCCCCCGCAACCAUUUCAAAGUACGUCAUCCGAGAGUUUGGUAUUGCAUUUUCAAGGGAGGCAAUGCUAUCAGCGCGGACUAUAAGCGCAAAGGAGCUCAAGCAACGUGGCAUAGUGGCCGUGAUUGCCCCGUACGUGGCACAGCUGGAUAGAGUUACGGACGGCUAUAUCAGCAGGCUUCAACUGUGUGCACCCGAAGCAUCGGCUAUGAUCAAGUCUCUCGUAAGCUCAGGAUGGACAGAACCGGGGUCUAGAGCACAAGACGAAUGUAUCAGGCAGAUAUUUGAGCGCAUGAUGAAGCCCAGUGGCGAGGCGUCCAAGGGCUUGGCAGCUUUCCAAGCUAGUCAGCGCAAUAUUGACUGGGAUCAAUUGAGGGAGACGCAGAAAGUCAAGCUUUGACAACAGUGGCUAUCGUAAGCCAUGGAUUUGUAGACAGAGUAGGUUUUACAGUUAGAAAGGCUCUCAUAAUCAGGAUGUCGAGUUUUACCG